UAAAUCAAAAAAGUCAGUCGGGUCCGAACCGACUGUAAAUAUCUAAGCAUUGUCCGUAAAUAAAUAAUUUAGCCCUAAUUCGUGCCUUAGCGCUGAAGAUCUUAAGUCGGGCAGAGAGCAAUUGCAUAUCGUUCGUAGUUCUAAAGGAAGCGAGCUUCGUCUUCCAUCUUUACGCUUCCGAAAUCCGAUUUACAACUUAACACUUGUGCUCAAGUUUUCAAUUUUCUGCUGAUUUUUCUCAGCAGCUUCAAUUAAAGGAAGUCGAUUUUUAACUCCUUUUGUUAGUAUUAGCUCUGGCAGAUCUACGAUCGAUGGCGAGGGAAUUCAAUGUGCCGCCGGUGGUAUUCCCGUCCGGCGGCGGGAACCCGGCCCCGCAGCAACGUCGUCUGCCCACAGCGCCGUUUCAGCCACCCAAGUCUUCGAACCCUAGCAUCCCCUUUAUGUCUUUCGACAUCGGUUCCGCCGCGGCGUCCACCUCGUUCUCCACCCCGCAGUUCGCCUCCACCACCAUCGGCGGCGGAUCCACUGGUUUUGAGGAUGAGCCGCCGCUUCUCGAGGAGCUCGGGAUCAAUACCAAGCAAAUUUACCAGAAAACUAUUUCGAUUCUUAACCCUUUCCGAGUCAAGGCCGAUCUUCACGAAGAUGCUGAUCUUUCCGGGCCGUUUCUGUUCCUGAUGGCGUUUGGGCUUUUCCAAUUGCUCGCUGGGAAGAUCCAUUUUGGAAUCAUACUGGGAUGGGUGAUCAUGGCUUCUGUCUUUCUGUAUGUGGUGUUCAACAUGCUCGCUGGCCGAAAUGGGAACUUGGAUUUGUAUAGAUGUGUUAGCUUGAUCGGCUAUUGUAUGCUACCAGUUGUGAUCUUGUCGGCAAUAUCAUUGUUCUUGCCUGGUGGGAUGGCAAUUAAGGUGGUAGCCGGGGUUUUUGUUAUAUGGUCUACACGAGUUUGCACGAGGCUUGUGGUCGAGUUGGCAUCAUGUGGGGAUGAGCACCGCGGGUUGAUUGCAUAUGCUUGUUUCUUGAUUUACACGCUCUUCUCUUUGCUUGUGAUAUUCUGAUCCCAGCUGAAACUAGGAUGUGUAUUUGGAUCUCAUGAAUUGGAUACUUUAUGUACAAUGUGAUACUUCUGCAAGGCUUUAAAUGAUGCAAAAUCGAUUUUGUUGAUAGGUGUUGUCGGCAGAGAUAGACUUAUAGUGUUGAAUUUUAGGCAAUUUGAGUUUCAUCAUCUACUGCUGAGGAUCUAAUUUUAAGUUCAAAAGAUUUGCC